CAUUAACUUCAACAGCAAUAAUAUAUCUUAUGUAGAUAAUAAUUAUUUUGACCCAAUUAGACUUUCCAUCAAUGUACUAGACUUCAGUAAUAAUCAAAUUCCAAAUCUCACGAAUUCUGCUGUAGCAGAGAUGAUGCAUUUACAAACCUUGGUUUUUCGGAACAAUUUAAUAGAUAUCAUCGAAGAAAGCGAAUUCAGAGGACUAAGAAGUCUUCAAAUAUUGGACUUGUCUCAAAAUUAUAUUAAAAAACUACCAAGUAAUUUAUUUGAAGAGCAAAAUAAAUUAAGAAUCUUCCUUGCAUCUCACAACACAAUAGAAAGCUUGCCAAGAACAUUAUUUUCAACUACAGUUUUAGAACAGUUAGACCUAUCUUAUAAUAGUAUAACUGAAUUUCCUACAGAAUCACUACUUGAAAUUAAAGAAACAUUACAGUCCUUAGAAUUGACAGGAAAUAAAAUUAAGUCUUUUAACUUCAGUCAUAUAGAAAGCUUACAACAUUUAAGACAUUUAAGCAUAGCAAAAAACAGAAUCUUUCUACCUGGUGAAGCAAGGAAAUUCAAACUACCAAAACUUAUUUCUUUGGACAUUUCGCAUAACAUAAUUGAAGAGGUACCACAAUGGAUUAUAAAUAGCCUGCCUAAUAGCUUGGAAUCUCUGAACUUUGCAAACACAAGCCUGAUAAGUGUACCAGUCUUGGAGCCUAACAAUAUUUUAUUUCUUAAUCUAAGUUUAAACAAUAUUCAAACCAUUCAGUCAGAAGCUUUUGAACACCUUAAGAAGUUGCAAGUGUUAGAUUUUUCAAACAAUUUACUGCAAAAUAUACAUAACAAUGUAUGGUCCCAUUUGCAUAAUUUGAGGUCACUCUAUCUGCAAUCGAAUCCCAUUCAAGCAAUACAGGAAAAUAGCUUUCGAAACAUGGAACGUUUACAGGAGCUAAUAAUUAAAAAUCUGAAAGUGCAGGACAUUCAGAAAGCUGCUUUUCAACGCUUAACUGCUUUAAGAAGAAUAGAAAUGGAUUUGUAUUCCAAAUUAAAAAACAUUGAUGUAAGUCAGUUGUUGCAAAAAAAUAAUGGGCUCAGAGAAAUACACUUGCACAUUGAAGACAAAAAGUUUCAAGGACUUGAUGGGAGUAUUCCUAAAUCAGUAAAAUCUGUUGUACUGGAAGGUGGAAAUUUGAAACACAUAGAUGAAUCAGCUUUAACUAAUUUACAGACACCAAACUUAAAGUUGGAUAUUAGAAAUACCAACCUACUAACUCUCUCGCGAAACAUGUUUUACACAAUGAAUGAAGUAAAGAACUUCACAGCAUCUUUUAAAAACAACAAAUUACAGACAGUUGAAAGAAUACCUACUACAUUUGAAAAGGGAGCACAAAGUCAACUGCAGCAACUUGAACUAUCUGGAAACCAACUACACUGUGAUUGCCAACUGGCAUGGAUAUGGGAGUGGAUACGUGAAUAUGACUAUCAACACAGCUGUAGUGACAUUAAUUGUGCACAGUUUUCAAUAGAUGAUCUAAGAGAAGCAAAAUGUGUUAAUAUGAACAAGUCUUUUAUUGAUGCAUUCAAAACUGAUCUAGAUUGUUUCUCCAAUGGAGCUCAAGGUUUUAUUCCAUAUAAUUACCUAACUUUUACAGUUGUAAUAUUAAGUAUUUAUGUAAAAAGAUUUAUUUGAAACUUUAAAAUGGAUGUUUUUUGCUAUUUAAGCUGAAAAAGCUUUUAUUGAAAGUAAUAUAAAAAUACGUAAAGCAAUUGCAAACAUUUAUUGCCAAAUUAAAAGCUACUUGUAUACACAACACUCAUAUAUUAUCAAUUCAGAUAUUUUUACAACCUUAUAAUAUUAUUAUUUGGAGCACAUUUCUUACUCUUUAAGAAGUCAACAAAUAUGAAAAGAGGUUAAGGAAACAAACCUUACUAAUUGAUUAACUCAAAUAGUUUUCAGCUCUGUGAUUCCAGCUUCUCUGGAUAACUAGUGAAGCACCAAACAAAAAUGUUUAGAUAGAAAUCAAGUUUGAGUUUUGUUUAACAUUAAUGACUUUUCGCUGAUAGGAUUGCAGGUCAGUCACUUUUCAAUUUUUAAAAUUUUAUAUUAUUUACCUGGUUUGUCUCAGACACUUCUGCAAAAACAGCAUAUGAAAGUAAUCUUAGAGGUAUCAGAAGAUUAACUAAAGCACAUAAGAUUUUUUAAAAAUUUAUUCAGAAACGUUUAAUUUACUAUUGGCAUCAGGGAUAUUCCUAUAUUAAUAAUAUGCAGAGUAAUUUUUUCUAAACCAAAUUCUUUGUAACGCAGAAAGCUGUCUAAAGUAAAAGCAUUUGAAAAUUUUUAAUAAUUAUAAAGUAACCUUUCACCUCUAUAAAAAGCCAGAAUAUUGCCUAUGAUGUCUUGUUUUUAUACCUUUUCUUUUGCUUCAGGCAGUGUUAUGGAUAUAUUUCUUCGUGUGCAAAAUAAGCUCAAUAAUUUGUAACCACUCUUAACAAGACAUAUGAAUAUUUUAAAUGCUUCUGUUAUCAAUACUUUCAAUGCAACAUUUCAUAAAAGUUUCUUUAAACAUAUGUAUUUACUAAAAGUCUAUUAAAAUCUAAAAUCAUGUUGUAAAUGUUUUUACCAGAUGUAAUAACUGUGAAAAAAAAUAAAAGACAGAAAUGA